AUGGCGGACCCCCUCUCAGUAUCGGCCAGUAUCGCGGGUAUCAUCAGCCUAGCGGACAUUGUAUUUCGACGUGUAUUUCACUAUGCACGCGCAGCUGCCGGGGCCAAGGAUGAGAUCCAAGCUCUCUCAACCGAAAUCCAUGACCUCGGCGGAGUUCUCCGUAAUCUAGACGCCCUUUGUCGCACACUCGAGACUGAACCUAACCAAUGUUUCGAUCCCAGCCUUCGACUUCACUGCUUUUUCCAAAUCCAGGACACAUUCGACAAAAUUGAAAAGAGGCUCAAAAAGUCCACAGAAGCCUUUAACAAGCGUGCUAAGCUAAUCGAACUUCGGGAGAAACUCAAAUGGCCAUUCUCCAGCUCUGAAACCAAAGAUUUGCUUGCCAAGCUAUCUCGCUACAAAGAAACAUUGACUCUCGCGGCAUCCGUGGACACUAUCAACGAGCUGCAAUUGGUUUUGACCAAGCAGGUCGAGCAGGGGCAGAAGAUCGACCAUCUGGACCGUAAAUUGGACGCCUUCCAAGCCUGUGUCGAAAUUCCCAUCAAAAUCAUGUUAGAUGAUCGUAAGAGAAACGUCCUGGAUUUCUUCCUCAAACCGGAAACAAACCCCCAGAUCAACCUUGAUCAGAGCAUCAAACUUCGACAUCCCACAACUGGCCGAUGGCUCUCCAAUGACGAGACAUAUCGAGAUUGGCUUGAUCGCCCUGGGUCUAGGCUGUGGCUGAACGGACUCGCUGGCGGAGGCAAAACAAUUUUGGCUGGAGCCGUGAUCCAAGAUGCUCUAUCAGCCAGUUCAGCCGACGUUGGGGUUGCCUUCUUUUUCUGUGACUAUAAAAUGGAGGCCACCCUCACGCCAGUUAACAUUCUUGGGGGCCUUGCUUCACAAAUUGCCCGUCAGAGGGAUGAGUUCUUCGACCUAUUACAGGAAUAUUAUGAAGAACUCCAUCCAUUUCGCGGACUGGAUAAACAGGCUGAUGCAGAUGAACUAAGAGCGCGUCUUUGUUCAAUGGCCGAAGAGCUGAAGAAUCUUAUUGUUGUUGUCGACGGCAUCGACGAAUGUGGUGAUCGUACACCUGAUGUACUCGAGAUGUUGGUGGAGCUGGCGGAUACAGCCGACAAUGUAACAAUCGCGUUGUUCAGUCGACAUGAAGUUGUUAUCCAAGAUUAUCUUCAGAGCUUUGACCAAAUCCCUAUUGCGGCCCACACUGAAGAUCUGCGGGACUAUGUGAGGGCCGAGUUAGAGCAGCGUACUCAUUCAGGUCGCUUGUCUUUGAACAAUUUGGAUCUUAAGAACGAAAUUGGAGAAGAGUUGGUGAGGAGAGCUCAUGGAAUGUUCCGGUGGGUGGUAUGCCAACUUGACUAUCUCUGUGAGUUUUCCACAGAUGAUGACAGACGCGAAGCUCUUAAGGAGCUGCCGCCAACCCUUCACGAAUCCUACACCAGAUUACUGGUCAGAAUAAAUAGAAGACCCCUGAAAGUCCGUAAGAUGGUCCAGUUGUGCCUCCAUUUUAUCGCCUUUUUCCCUUGGGGCUUGUCUAUUCAAGAGCUCUGUCAGGCAGUGUCGGUACCUGAAGGCACUAGCGUCACUCUCAGUGAAUCACGCAUGGUUAGCGAAAGAGACAUUUUACGAGAGUGUAGCAGCCUGAUUCGAAUUUCUGCCGAUAGCAAAGGUUUCGAGUUUGCACACUUCACUGUCCAAGAGUUCCUUCAAGACAGCAGCCUAUUGAAAACCCCCGACCUUGAGGGCUUCCAUAUAAGCAAAACAGAAAGCAACUUAAUUUUAGCUACUCAAUGUGUGAAGUUCUUGCAGUUAAGGAACUUUGACAGGCAGCCUUCAGAGACAAAAGAAUGGUGGAAAUAUAAGUUUGAGAGGACCACCUCCUAUCCGUUUUAUGAUAAAGCCGCUAUUGCUUGGCCUAUUCUUUCUCGGGAACGGUUAGAAGGCGAAGAGUUACUCGACGCGGUAAAAUCGUUAUUUCAUCCCUUCAGGACGUCAUUUUUCCUUUCUUGGGCCGAAACCUUAAUUGACUAUGUUAUGGAGGGAAUGGAAAUGGGGAUUGCCAGCUGGCAGCAAUUACAAACAAGGUUUGACAGCACCCUGCAAGGCAGAUACUCUCCAGUCGAGAUCAUAGGAAGCGGCAUUAAACCUCUGCAUCUUUCAGCGAUUUUGAAUAUCCCAGAGAUAACAGCUUUUCUUCUUUCAAAGGAGGUCAAAACUAUCGUGCAUGCAAAGUCGCGACUUGGUACACCAUUGUACUUGGCAAAAGCAUCUAUCUUGGGCAUUCCCAUUCGAUUCAACGACGAUAAUGAGUCAUUCAGCUUCAAUGCUGACCUCUGCGCCGUUAGCCGGCGGCGUGUAGACACAAUAUCAUACCUUACCAACGCUGGUGCAGAUCUUGCUAUGCCACCAGACAACUCGGAGAUUUUCUGUAAAGCAAGCAUUAUCAGUUUUCACUUAAAGUCGUUUGACUCAAGUCUUCAAUUAUUAAAGGCGGGCUUUGUGCCUUCUGAUGACGAUAUUUGGGAAUUUGCCAGCUUCUUGUCUUCGAUAAAUCCAAAAGAAGAGGAUCACGAGCUAGAAUUAUCUUUUCAUAAGAUUCUAGAAUACCUUAAGAAUUCACACGCCUACAACUCCACAUGGGGUCUUGAGCUUGGAAAAUGCCUCUGGUCCGCCUGCGUUGAGUCAAAUUUCUCAUUCACGAAACUUCCAGAACUUACAGACACGAGAAUUUCGUUAUCAGAAGAGACUUUGAUCGACACAAUAUUCGCUGCCAUCAAGAUAGAUGAUGUAGAACGGCUUCAAGUCUGUCUACAGGACCCACGCGCUAGCAUCACCGACAACGGUCAUGGCAGUACCUGGUUGCACGAUGCCGUUUGGGAGAGUGCACUGCAUUGCACGCGGCUUCUUCUCAGCCUGAAGAGUAACCCAUCCGCUAGAGACUAUGACGGCCAAUCACCUGUGCAUGGGUGCCGUCGGUUGGAUGAUGUCGAAAUAUUAAAACUUCUUGUGGAAUAUAACACUGACGUUUUCUCGCAAGACGACUCGGGCCGAAAUGUUUGGCAUCAUUAUGCUGUGGGGUCAUAUUUUCACGUUUCAAUUCUUGAUAUUUUUCUCAAGAUAGACAUGAAAAGAGAGCAUAGUUCUCUCUUGGUGGAAGACGACGAUGGGUUCACCCCUUUGGAACUCUGCUUCGGCGAGCACUCAAAGGAGGAAGACCUUGUUUGGUUCAUUGGCUAUUGUGAUAAAAUACCAAAUUUCUGGCAAGAUCACAGAUGCGUUUUCCCAAUCGCCGCAAGGAAGGGGUAUAAAAAGGUCCUCAAGAAGCUUAUGGACCUGAAUGUCACCCCGAAAACAAUUGGCCCAAGCGAGAUGAGCCCGCUACAUGGGCUGGGGCCAAAAUCAGACUUGGAAACUGUGACGGUAUUGAAAACUCUCUAUCCUGCAGCAUAUCAACUCAGAGUUGGACGUCACACCCCUUUGGAAUACUAUCUUAACAACAUCUUAUGCGGACCCGAAUGCAAACUUUCAGAUGAAGUGUUUAUCCCAGAUAAAGACAUAAUCCAUAGUCUAUACUGGAAACCACUCUCAGAAUCCGGCCAAAUUGGUAGGACAGAAUUGUGGAGCUACAUGUGCAAGCUUUUGACACGAUUUAUCCAUGCACGUACUCUUUGUACGUGGCAUUGCUAUGGAAAUCACGACCAAGUCAUUGGCAAAUCGAUUAUCGAAGUAAUGAUAGAUCUUGGAGCUAUGGAGGACUAUGAAUCUCAGGUCGCCUUGCCUGGUGUCAAGCUAUUAUUCGAGGCUUUUCUCCUGGCUGUAAAGAGUCAUUCAGGCCGCAUCAUUUUUGGAACCCAAGAUUACAUAGCAAUGAACACUACUAAACAGGCUAUCAACUCAUCGCAGUACUGGGAGCCCAAUAGCCCGUGGGCAAUUGAAUUCUUGCGAGAGGUAAUCAUGUGCAAAGACCUCGCCACCGUCGAAUACCUCCUAGACAGCGGGCUAGAUCUCCAUCAGCGUCUAGGAAAAGAGACAACAAUUGAGUACGUCUGUUCAGGGUCGAACGCAUGGCGGUUAUGUGAGAGCGAGAAGGGAAUGGCGGUAUUCCAAUGCCUUCUAGAUCGCUCUAACCCAGAAAAGCUGAAGGACUGGGACUACAAAGGACUGAGUCUCCUUCAUCGAGUUGAAACGCAAUCAUAUGAACCAGGACUUCACUGGCUGAUUAACAAACUUGUUGAAAUGGGAUUGGAUACCAAUGGGUUCAACUCCUCGCCAGGAAUCGCAAUAAAUGACAGAGACCCGCCAUUAUUCUAUCAUCUAAAUCAGGGAUCCCUCUUUUGUGCCUCGGUCUUAUUGGAGCUUGGGGCUGAUCCUAAUCUGAUCAUUCCAGGAUCCUAUGGGUGGAAUUCUAUUAUGCUGGCUGCAUUUCGGGGUUAUACCUUUGUUUUAAAUGCAGCAUUGGCUUCUUCCAAGAAAUCUGGCCUCAAAAUUCGCUGGGAAGCACCUUUUACUAUGAACUCAAUCAGUACGAAAGAUUCACAGCAGGAGGAGAACUGCACCGCGAUCCAUGCGGCUUGUGUUACGGGCCAUCUGGAGUGUGUCAAGUUUUUUAACGAACAAAGCCUUCUGAGUAUAGAGUGCUUGAAUAGUUCUGAGAAAACGCCCCUUCAUUUUUGUGCAAACCAGGGCUUCCCGGGUAUUAUAAAGUACUUAGUAGCAGCCGGUGCUAGGAUAGAUAGCAAAGAUGUGAAUGGUGAUACCCCUUUGCAUUUGGCUGCUCGGGAGGGCCAGAUUGAAACUGUCAAGUUGCUGGUAGAACUUGGCGCAACGGAUGGGAUUAACAAGAGGUUCAAGAGCCCCGCACUGCUUGCUUCAGAAUUUGAUCACCCAGAAAUCGCACAAUUUCUUAUGCAGGAAUUUGGCAAGAGGUCGUACCACGAGCCUCACCAAAUAUCUGUUAUGUCUCAGAUACAGGAGAAGACGCUGCUUGGCAAAUUAUAUCCAGCAAUCGAAAACGGCAACAUCGAGAGGUGCCGACUCCUCCUCACAAAAAAAUGCCCGCUAAAUGUCCAAAUAUCACCUUAUAAUUGCAACCCCUUGCAAUAUUCUAUUUUCAAGAACCAGCCAGAAAUUGCCAAGAUGUUCCUUGAUCAUGGAGCAAGCACAUUAAGCAAUGCUUGGAUAAUCAAGAAUGAGUAUCUAGCACAUUGUAACCAUUCAAUAACAGUAUCUGCGUUCUCGGGGGAAAUGUGCCUUCCGUUACUUCCAAACAUACUAUCUCGAUUUUUGGAGGAAGGCGGGGAUUUUCUGCAACUCGCUGACUCACUGGGACCGAUUCCCAGAGCCCUCAGGUCCAGGAAUAUCCAGGGCGUUAGAACCAUUUUGGAUUUUUUAAGCGAAAACUUGGAUCAAAUUAGUCGACGAAGCCAGUUAGAGCCUCAAGAAGUCGUCCCUUCAAUACUGAAUAAACGUUACGACUUCAACCAGGACGGGUGGCUGUUGACACCUUUGCAUUUUGCUACAUAUUAUGACCUAGCCGAGUCAAUGCAACUUCUUCUCGAAAAUGGGGCGAAUCCUGACACUUUAGAUUCACAUGGCGGCAGUCCAUUAGAUCUGGUACGAUCAAGCUCGGCAGCACAGCUUUUGAUUGAAUGGAAUAUCUCUAUUUCACCUGCCAUGGCUAUUGCAAACAUGGGAAUAAUCUCAGAGAGGCUAGUUUUCGUCAUUAAGCCAAAAAGUACUGCGAGCACGUCUCAAAAUGCGUUCAAAAUUAUCCUCAAUCAUGUUCUUAGGCGGUCUCUAUCUUGUCAGCCUUACUAUCAAGCGAGCAUCGGUGUCAAAAACUGGGGCUUUGUGCAAAGUCUAGAGCUUAUGGGCGUAUCAUUACAAGAUGAGAAACUUGGAGAUACAAGUCUUAUCAAUGCUCUACUCCAAGAUCAUCACAGGCAGGAGUAUUUUCUCAACUCGCCCCACCUUCUCGAUCGACUUGAACCAUUUAACUGGCAGUUGUUGGCAACUGGCCAUAUACCGCCCUUUCUUAAACGGCUAUUUCGCCACUAUAGCCGACGACUUUCACAAGACGACUUCCAAAGAUGGGCAAAUCUACAGCCCGAAAAGGGCUGGAGCCCACUGUGUAGAGCCGCAGUUUUUGGAGAUGUUGUCUGCGUCAAAAACUGUCUUUCUCUUGGGGCGGAAGUUGAUUUUGAAGGAUCCCCGCUUGGCUCUGCUCUAAUGGCUGCAAGCACGUGUGGCCAGCUUGAAGCUGUGAAGGUGCUUGUGAAGCAUGGCAGCGCAAUAUCCUACACAGGGAAAGAGGGCACAAUGAGCGCCCUUUCAGUAGCUCGAUCCAAGACCGUCCGCCGUUUCCUCUUGGUUGGCCAGUUUCAAAGACCUAGAGGAAUUGGAGACGCAGAUCCCAGGAACAAUAGCUGGGAUGACAAGAAUCUCAAGUUUUGGAGUGGGAUAGCCCAAGCUCGCUUGAGAUUGGAUCCAAUGAUGCAAGUCCCAGAGAUGUCUAGGUUGGAGUAUGCGAUUGCUCUUGCCAGGAUUAAGUUGGAUAUGAGAGGUCAGAUUGCGAGCAUCAUCGACGGGGUUCAGUGCUGUUGGAGCGAUGGUUCUAUAGCUAUGAUCAAGAACGCAGGACCAAAGAUAUACUGGGAGUGA